GCCAACAUCUGACAAAUCAAGGGAAAUGCCCCAACUUCGAGUCCGAUUUUGACCGUUAAAACGGCGGGGUCCGCCUGGGCCAGCCGGACUUUUCUUAAAGUUCAACUCUCGACCUAGAGUUUCACGCAAAAAUAAUUCACAAUACUGAUCCCUGUUACCCCGCAAACGACCAAAAGAAUAUCCAUGUCAAGCGCGUGUGGUAAACAACGUUUUCAACUUCGCAUGAUUUCCAUUGACUAGUUUUGAUGCAAAAAUUGCUUACCUGCACUUGAGGCUUGCCAAAUAACUGGUCUAGAUAUUAUACUAGCAGCUCCUAGAAAAGGUUCGCUUGUUUCUCGUGAUGAGUGCAGAAAUCGGUCGAGAAACGACAACCUAUUCUCCAUUCGCAACGAAAAAUGUGUCCGCCAUUGCUCCGGCUAAGACGACAUAUGAUUGGUCGAAUACUGUCAUGUGGACCGUGUCCAACACCGCCUGACUGACCACGAAGAAUCGUUAUCAUAAUAACGGAACAAUUAAUUAACUGUAUUUUCACGCAGUAUUUUCGAUGGCCCGCCGGGCAUUUAAACUUGUUUUGACGGUCGAAGUGGGUAAAACUACGUUGACGUGUAAGCGGAAUGAUCGAGCGGACGAUGAAUGCUAGAAAAGUUCGCUUCGCAAACGAAACUUUCUCCGUACUUUUACUCUCGGUUUUCGUUCUGCUAUUAAGCCCAGUUGGUGCCAGCCUCCUUGAUCCAACUCAAAUUGGAAGGGAGCUGCAAACGUUUGCGAGGGAUGCCCUUGGAGUGGAUGAAAUGCAGAAUUAUUUUGACAGCCUUCAGUAUCAGAAGCGGACCAUAAAAGGAGAAGACAUCACUACACAUCUAGUGGUGAAACUCUCUGACAAGUUUAAAACAAGGUUUGAGGUUGCCAAACGCCUGAAGAAAACAGUCGAGGACUCGUACGCCAGGUCAGCGAAAGCUGCACCACAAACAGAAUGCUGCCACGUCAACAAAUCGACUUUGAAGUACGAUGUACGAUUUCGCUCAAGAGUGGAUCUCGACAAUGUUUGUUUGAAGAUUUCAGGCAGCGCAUCUCCAAACCCAAUCCAUUUAGACGAGGGCGUUUUCAAGGAAAUGAAAGACAUCUCGAAAACGUAUUCCUUCAUAAAGUGGCAGUACUUUGGAUCAGAGCAGGGUGUCAUGACCAACUUUCCAGUGUUUGACGACAAAGAGGAAUGUGACAAGUAUGAUCCCCGUUACAGACCAUUUUACGUGGAAACCGCCACCCCUGAAGCUAAAGACGUGGUGCUUGUUGUCGACAUAAGUGCGUCCAUGACAGGAGAAAAACUUUACAUCGCCAAAGAAGCUGCGAAAACAGUUUUGGAUACCAUGAACCCAAAAGACCAGGUUGGUAUCGUGGCAUUUAACAAUUACGCUUCCACUCCAGGAGAUGUUGGAGGCAAAAGUCGCUGCUACAGUGAAGGGUUAGCUUUGGCAAUCCCUACAAAUAUCAGAAAAAUGAAAAGUUAUGUCGAUGGGCUGGUGCCUCAUGGUCAAACUCAAUACAGAUUGGCGUUUGAAAAAGCUUUCAGUCUACUGAAAGGCUCAGUCUCUGAAGAGCCGGGAGAGAAGAAGAAAAGAGUCAUUCUAUUUCUGACUGAUGGGGCACCUUCAGAUGAAAACAAGGAACUGAUUUUCCAUACCAUAAGAGAUAAAAACUUUGAGCUUAACAAUUCGGUCAUCAUUCUAACGUAUGGAUUUGGCAGUGCAGUGAAUCAGACUAUUCUGGAAGACAUCGCCGAGCAAAACACAGCAAAAUAUGGUGCACCUGCAAGCACUUCUGUCGGAGACAUCACGCGUGGAGAAUACACUUAUGUCGAAGACAUCAAGAACCUAAGAAUUAAAAUGGGAAUGUAUUAUAAUUUAUUCGCACUGGGAAAGCAGCUUGACCCUGUGGUGUCUGUGCCUUAUGUUGACGCUUUUGGAACAGGACUUCUUAUGUCGAUCACGCUCCCUUGUUUUCAUCAAGGAAAGUUUAUUGGCGUGGCAGGCACUGAUAUCAACAUGGAUGAUCUGUUGUCAGAUAUCACGUUCUUUAAUCAAGGUCAAAGCACCUAUGCGUUUAUGAUCAGUAACUCUGGAAGGACAUUAAUUCACCCGCUCCUUCCAGCUCCAACCGAUGCGUACGGGGACCCCGUUUUUCUGGACAUAAGGACAUUGGAACCAGAGGCAGAGUUCGAAGAGGUUUUCUAUUCAAUAAAAAGUGGAAAAUCUGGAUCGAAAACAUUUGUUGCUAAACGAUUUCUGCCAAGAGGGGGAAAAGAGAAAGAAGGAGUAACAGUAAAAGAAGUUAAUUCCAGAUACUUCUGGAGGCCAUUAGUAGGAAUUGAUUUCUCUGUGGGUGUGGUUGUACCUGUUUCCCAUGCUGAGGAUCAACUUACCUCACUCAAAAUUCCUGCAGACUACACGUUUAAAUAUCACCGAAUUGACCUGAAUUAUCCGGAGAAGCCGUGUUCUCAGUUUGGGACACAUGCUGCUAAAGACACCACUGUGGUAAAGUUUGCUCCGGGAGCCUAUUUAGACCCAUACGAGUAUAUAGGCAAAGAUGAGACAAAGGCUGACAAUUUGAAAUAUACAUCCCUUGUGGAUAAGUUUGUAGUAAAAAGGUCUGCUUUUUCUUGGACUGAAAAGAGUUUUGAGACAGCUAAGGCCUUAGCACUGCACGGAGCACAUGUGAUCUUAGCUUGCAGGGACAUGAACAAAGCAAACAAGGCAGCUGCUACAAUCAGAGCAGUGCAGACUCCUGAGGCUUUUGUUGAAACCAUGUUGCUGGACUUAGCAUCAUUUUCAAGUAUAAGAAGCUUUACAGAAGAGUACAGAAGGAGGAAGCUGCCCCUUCAUAUCCUGAUCUGUAAUGCUGCAGUGUUUGGUUUGGCCUGGACAAAGACGGAAGAUGGAAUUGAGAGCACCUUUGGUGUCAAUCACCUUGGCCAUUUCUACCUGGUGAAGUUGCUAGAGGGUAUUCUCUGCUCAUCAUCUCCUGCCAGAGUUGUAGUUCUGUCGUCUGAAUCUCACAGCUUCUUUUGUCUUAUUCUUUUAAGCGAUCCUAUUUGCCCACCCUCAGUACCUGAAAUACAACCAACGAGCAAUCAGAACUCGCCAGUCCCUCGAAAGAUAUGCAAAGAUCCUACGUCAGGAUUAGAAAAAUGUUUUGAUCCUCGCUGCAGUGAAAGAAACAGUUCGCAAACAUGCGAAGGCGUCGUUGGCUGCUAUUGGUGUAAAAACGACAAAGAUGAUGUGCCAUUAAAACAACCUUACUGCGCUAGUUCAGAAGUGUGCUAUAGAGGCAGAGAAGCUGAUCAGGAACAAUGUCCACUUGAGAGUCCAAAGAUCACGUCACAACCGCACCAAGUUAACAAAACCAGAAAUAAAUUUGUCGGUGACGAUGAAGGCAGACGAACCGGAGUUAUUGUUGGAACUGUGAUUGCUUGCACUGCUGUUGUGGCUCUAAUAGUGAUAUUAACGAUCUUGGUAAUAAGACAUCGCCGUAACCUAGGCGGACCACCCAUGAACAAAAAUAAGAGCGCUUCAACACGACAGAUUAUCGAUCCUGAAAAUCCAGAUAUUGCUACUCGUCCUCCGGCACCUCUUCCGGAACCAGUGGAUGUUGCAUCUGAUGAGGAUUAUGACGAUCCAGAUGAGUUGCAGCCUUCCCGUAAACCUUCAGUAAUUUCUGUUCGGUGGCCAUCACCUUCUGAUGAAAUAAGAGCCCGGUUUAAACCUCCAGCCCUGCCACCUGCAAGGAAACCAUCCACGACUUCCACCCAAAUCAUUCCUAGAUGUGUAAGCUAUCCGACAUCAUAUCCUGAGAAAAGGAGCGAGAUAGAGUCCAGCAGAUAUCCACAACCUCGCUUGUCUCAAAUAAGAAGGACAUCGGGCGCUGCCAUGAACACUACUCCACUCAGUGCCGUAACAGAAAUCCCCUCUACAGACAGUGAGGUACCAUACGUUCUUGAAAAGAAACGCGCAUCUCUUGUAAUUCCACCUCCACCAAUUUCUGAAGAGAAAAGGCCAUCUGAGGACAAGCCAUUGAUUCAGUGUGAUAGACCUUCCUCACCAGCUGCUUACGAGAAAGGGGAGCACCAAUAUAGCAACUUACCCUCACCAUGUCCUGAGCCUAAGAGUCCGUCUGAUACCCAUUUGAUGCCACCCAUAGCUGAAGCAAAUGAGCAAAGUAACUCUAACAGGCCGGGUCUACGACGGCGCGAGAGUUGUGAUUCAAUCACCCUUGAUCCUAAUGGCUACAUAACAUUUAUUGCCUCCGAAGGCGAAAGGCUAUCGGAAGACCAGCCAGAGAGUCCUGCAUCUGAUACAAACAUGCUGCCUGAUGGGCCUUCUUCGUCAGCUGUUUUGAAUUCACCCGUCCAUGAACCAAGGGACCCGUCUGAUGACAGUUUGAUACCACGCACAGCUGAAGCAACAGAGCAAUGUGUCUCUAGCAGGCCAGGUCUGUCACAGCGCGAGAGCUGUGAUUCUGUCGCUCUUGAUCCCCAAGGCUACGUAAAGUGCAUUUCUUAGAACGCAGCACCGGACCCAGUUUGAAAGAUCAUUCCCAAACACCGAGACUAAGUAAACGGUUAGAACCUGCGAGCGUUGUCCGAAGAAGGAGAAAAUAAAUAACGCGGUGCGGUCGCGUCGAUGUCACUAAACUGUAUCAAGUAUAGUUUUGACAAAUUAUAAAUUGUUACUAGCUUAAAAAUAUCGGUAUAGCCUCCAAAGUUAUGGUCUCGAAAGUCAGGAGAAGCUCCUGUCUCUUAUACCAUGGACUGUCAGUAUCUAUUAGUGUAUGAUCACUUUACUAACCAAGAUACCACUGCAAAAGGAAUUUUAAGGUAUUGGUUUGUGAUAUCGAGUAGCUAUAGUCUACAACGUAUUAUUGGCAACUCCGAAGAUAAGCCUUAUAAUCUAGACCAGGACAAAAGUUGCCAUGAACUUUUGUUCAAAUGAAGUGGACAAUUUGCACUAUUCUGCUUUUCUCAUAAAAGAUGGAAUUAUUUAUAUACUGUAGUUAUCAAUUUGCAGUAGGUAUUUAAUUAAGGCAUUUUGGUAGUAGGUUGAAAUAAACCGGGUUGAAAAAGAAA